AUGCCUGUUUACCACAUCGUCCUCUUCCACCUCAAGCCCGAGGUGACCGACGACCAAAUCUCCGAAUGGAGCCAAAUGGUCAAGAGCCAGCUUGGCCAGGUUCCUGGCCUCAUCUCAAUUGAAGCCAACAAGCCUCUCCCCGUCGCCGUGCCUCGUACCAAGGGUUACGACAUGGCUGUUGUGGCCGUGCUUGAGGGCGCUGAACACGUCGAGGGAUAUACUCGAUAUGCUGCUCAGUCUCAGGCCCAGAGUUUCCGCGAAGCGCUCUUCGAUGACACCAUUGCUUUUGACUUGGAGUUUUAG